AUGGUAUUCAACACCAAGACUGAGUAUUCGGAGGUGCAUCAGAGCGAAGAGGGCUCGGAUGGGGAAGGUAGCCCCAGGAUGCCACCUCCAUCCAGUAGACUCACCCACUCUGGGUACCGCAUGCUUAUGGUAUCUACUUUCCUGUGCUGCAUUGUGUCGGUGGCGGUAGGCUUCUUUCUAGGCACGUACGGCUUCUCUCUGGGUACUCGACAGACAGCAUGCGUUCCGGAGCCAAAGAAGGCUGAUCCGGCCACCGGGCUUGGCAUGGCGACAAUCGAUGAGGCGCCUUUCAUCACCGAUGCUCCUGGUGCCAACCAGAAAUGGCUCGAUCUCAUCUCAUUUGGCAAACCAUUCGUUGCGCUGAACGACCCAGCCAAGUAUGGAUUGCCCGAUUAUUUCCACAAAGAUGCACUUCAACCCGAAGGCUUGCAGCCUGUUGCUUGGAACGUCUUCCACCAGCUUCAUUGUUUAGUCGGUGACCAGGUGUGCAUUCGCACAACGUAUAUGAAGCUGGCUUUGGACUUGGACGGCGGCUACGAUGUCUGCACGCGCCAGCACAUUGAACACUGUUUGGAGAGUCUCCGUCAGGCCACGAUGUGCGCAGGAAACAUGAAUAUGGAGCGAUUUGAAUUCAUCCAUUACCCUGGCCACGAUGACUUUGUCCCUAAGCUGGUCGGUCAGCACGAAAUGCACACGUGCCGUGACUGGGAAGCAAUCAAGGGCGUCAUCAAAAGAGUGAGGGCUGAGAACAUUCCCGUCGACAAGUACGGCAAGCGUAUUUCUCAACCUUGA